UUCCCUCUCAUCUUUCAUAUUCCCUCUCUCUCAUUGCUUUCUACUCUUCUUCGACUUGGUGGGAUGUGAUUCUCCACCACCUCCGAGCUUGCAAGAGGCGGACUCCACCUCUUUCUUCCUCGCAUGCCUCCUUCUCUUUCCAAACACAAAGCCGCAGCAAAGAAAGUGCAAAUUAUAAAGGAAGAUCAGAAUUCAAAGCAGUCGAAAAGCUGACUAGCUAGAAGAGUAAAGAGAGAGAAGUAUAUUUCAGCAGGACCUCCAUGGUGUUCCCUUCAGUGCCAGUCUACCUAGAUCCACAUCCACCUGAUUGGAAUAACCAGCAGCAAGGUCAGCAGCCGAGGGCGAGUGGGGGAGCCGAUGCACCGCUGUUGCCCGUGGGUCCGAUGGCUGCCACAGCGGCGGCUUCGGAGCCCGGCGGCUUGCCGAGAAGCUCAUCAACGUCCAGUGCCGCCUUGGCCAUGCACGCAAGGCCCAACUCGAUGGCGGAGCGCGCGCGGCUGGCACGAUUACCGAAUCCAGAGCCGGCGCUCAAGUGCCCUCGUUGUGAGUCCACCAACACCAAGUUCUGCUACUACAACAACUACUCCCUCUCCCAGCCCCGCCACUUCUGCAAGACGUGCCGUCGCUACUGGACGCGUGGUGGAUCUCUCCGCAACGUCCCCAUCGGCGGAGGUUGCCGCCGCAACAAGCGCUCGUCCAAGUCCUCCGCCGCCGGGUCUUCCUCCUCCUCAAAGCCGUUCUCCUCGGGUAGGCUGCUCGGUGGUCCAUCAGCUAUGUCGUCCACCACCCAGGGCGCAACCGGUGCGAUCAUCGCUCCAGGUCUUAGCUCUUUCUCCCAUCACUUGCCAUUCUUGGGCUCGAUGCACCCGCCAGGACCCAACCUAGGGCUAGGCUUCUCCGUCGGAUUACCUCUGCUUGGCAUGCAACACCUGGAAAUGGUGGAUCAGUUUCCGGUGGCAAGCGGCGGCGGCACCACCAUCGGUGCAUCUCUAGAGCAGUGGAGAGUGCAGCAGCAGCAGCAACAACAAUUCCCAUUCAUGACUAGGGGAAUACUGGACCUUCCACAACCAUCGACGUACCAACUGGGCUUGGAAGCUAGCCGAGGAGGCAGCGGCUCAGAUGCAGUGGCGUUCACUUUAGGGCAGUCCACGACCAGUGCUGCUACCAUAACGACAAGGCAAGAAGGGUCAGCAAUGAAGAUGGGGGACGAUAGCAAAGGACAAGACGCGAGCUUACAGAAGCAGUACACGGCAGCUCUACACCACGGAUCAGGAUCACACGGUGUUUGGGAUGGGAAUGCUGGUGGCAGCGGCAGUGGUGGUGGUGGUGGCACUGGCAGUGGCAAUUCAAGUUGGCCGAUGAACAUCGUUUCUGCAUUCCAUUCUUCGUCCACCAGCGGUGGCAAUGGCGAUGGCUUAUCGUAGUACUCCAGCUGGGGGUUAGGCCAGUGUCCUAUCAAGAAUAUGAAGAUAUUGGAGAUGCAUGGUUGAGUUUGAGCAAAUGCUAGCUAUAGCUAGGACGAUGGAGGAACAAGAGAUGGUCAAUCAGCCGGCCUAUUCAUCAACUGCUGUUCCUCAUCAGAACUGUAAAAAACACUGCUCUAGCUCAUGAUGGUCACAGGUAGGAGUUUAAAGUAGACCCUUUAAAGUAAGGUUGCUCUUUGGUUAACCCUUUUUCUGCCAUUUGGUUUUGAACUUAAAGGUGUUCCUGCAUUGUAUCCAUAGCGCCACUUUUCUACUUUUCACAAUAUUAUUGUUCACAGGGCCGGGUUAAUUAAUCAAAACUAAUGCACGGGGUAUAUUAUCUGAUAAGCUAAUAGGUAUAUAUAGUAUUUGACAUGGAGACUGAUUAGUUGUUUCAUCUCUCGUACUUGUGUGAAGUUUGCAGAAAUAAAUUAAUGUAUAGUUUGUUGCCAA